AUGGGAAAAAAAUCAUUAACAGAGCUGGAAGAAGAAGCCAUUGAAUCGACACCAUACUUAGGAAGUGAUGAAAGGGCGUCCAAUCUUAGAGCAGCUCAAAAUUUAGAAGAUAGUACGAAAAAAAUAAAACCUGAAAGCCAUCCAAAUGUUAAACCGUGGGUACAUUUUGUAGCAGGUGGGAUUGGUGGUAUGGCAGGUGCCGUUGUUACUUGUCCGUUUGAUUUAGUUAAGACGAGGUUACAAAGUGAUAUCUACCAAUCAGUGUAUAAAUCAAAAGCAGCUACGGUGACGGCAGCCCAUAACUCGAAGAUAGCCAAUUCACUUGUCCAAGCAGGUACUCAUUUUAAAGAAACAUUUGGGAUUUUAGGAAAUGUUUAUAAAAGAGAAGGUUUCAGAAGUCUUUUCAAAGGGUUAGGCCCCAAUCUGGUCGGUGUCAUCCCAGCCAGAAGUAUCAACUUUUUUACUUAUGGUACUACAAAAGAAAUAUAUUCCAAAGCCUUUAAUAAUGGGCAGGAGACACCAUUGAUCCAUCUAAUGUCAGCCGCGACUGCAGGUUGGGCCACCUCAACCGCGACAAACCCAAUUUGGAUGAUCAAAACAAGAGUACAGUUAGAUAAAGCAGGCACAACAAGAAAAUAUAAAAACUCAUGGGACUGUCUUAAGACAGUACUGAAAAGUGAAGGUAUAUAUGGACUGUAUAGAGGGUUGAGUGCAUCAUAUUUGGGUUCAAUUGAAGGUAUUCUUCAAUGGCUACUGUACGAACAAAUGAAACAUUUAAUAAAACAACGUUCCAUAGAGAAAUUUGGACAUGAGGGUCAAUUGACAAAGAGCAGAACUGAAAAGAUAAAAGAAUGGUGCCAGAGAUCGGGAAGUGCAGGUGUUGCUAAAUUCAUAGCAAGUAUCGUUACCUACCCUCAUGAAGUUGUUAGAACAAGACUAAGACAAAUGCCAAUGGAAAAUGGAAAACCAAAAUAUACUGGUUUAGUACAAAGUUUUAGAGUAAUAAUUAAAGAAGAAGGUCUAGCAUCAAUGUAUAGUGGGUUAACUCCACAUCUGAUGAGAACAGUUCCGAAUAGUAUUAUCAUGUUCGGUACUUGGGAACUUGUCAUUAGGCUUCUAUCCUAG